GUUCCAAGAUAAACUCACCGGCCCCACUCCAAGCAGAAACAAGUCACCUAUUUCGGAGUUCUAACCCUCCCAGCAAAAACUGCCCCUUUGAAUUCUCUGUCCUCUGAACCAUAUGGAGUCCGGUCCUUCUGAUGCCUUCGUUGAAGUGGUGAAGAGGCGGCUUUUUAUUUGCUGUGAUGGUACAUGGCAGGACGGCGUAAACAACAAAGGCCAGCCGCUCACAAACGUGGCAAGGCUCGCCAGGUCUAUCAAGGGUGUCUCUGACGAUGGCUACCUCCAGCUUGUCUACUAUGAUAGUGGCGUCGGUAACGGCACUGGCUUGUUUGGGCUUGGACAAGGUGUUGACGGAGCAACUGGACGAGGAAUAUCAGCCAAGAUCAGGAAUGCCUACAGCUUCGUCUCAUACAACUACCAAGACGGCGACGAGAUCAUCCUUGUUGGAUUUUCACGAGGCGCAUUCACAGUCCAAUGUGUGGCAUCACUGAUAGGUCAGAUUGGAUUGCUUAGGAAGGAAGAUUUGCAGUAUCUUCGGCCCCUGUUCACGCUAUGGGCAAAUCAAGACCUGAGGACUUGGUCGAACAUGACACCGUUGCAAGUUUUGUUGAAGGAAAUCACCGAUGCGCUAAAGGCUCCGGGAAAGAUCGAGGCACCGACCACGCGGAAAGUCAAAAUCAAGGCACUUGCAGUCUGGGACACAGUCAGCGCUCUCGGGUUCCCUACGCCGACUCUGUCACCCAGACCCCUAUCUUUCGUCGGCAAAUCUGCACCACGUGUGCUUGAACAUGCCUUUCAGGCUUUAGCGCUGAAUGAGAGCAGACGCCUUUUUAAACCGGUUGUGUGGAGAGAGGGCAACGAGGGCUGUAGGAACGUUACGCAAUGUUGGUUCCUUGGCUCGCACGCAGACGUCGGCGGCGGCAGUGGAGAUCCCGAAUUAGCAACUAUCUCCCUCAUAUGGAUGGCCUCGAAGCUGAUAGCGCUUGGUGUUACCUUCGAGACCGGGAGUCUCAUCGAAUUCUUGGGCGGUCGGCACAUGAAAUGGAUCAUAAUGGUAAAUAGACCGUUGGGAAGAUACAAAGCAACCUUGAAGCUGCCGUCUCACGCACGGAGACAAGGCUUUGUCACAAAAACGGCUUGGUACUGGUGGUUUGCAGGUCUCAAAAGGCGACGAAAAUAUUUCAAAGCUAGUGCUGAUGGCGGCGAGGAUCGUCGGACAGGUACAGCUGAUGGGUCCAAUGCUACGGCCGAUACUCCUAGUAAGAGCCGCUCAGGAGAGACAUUCGGUCGAAGGCGUAGAUCGGAUGCCACUAGCACUUCGCCAUCGACGAGUCAUUCCGAAGGUACGAGCCGGGCCAGCGAGGUUCAUACGGACAGUCCAGGCCAUGAAUCUGCGUCGGACAGCAAAGGUAAAGGGAAAGACCUACUCGCUGGAGGGGCCGAAACCGACGAUUCUCAACAGCGUGCUGCCGAGCUAAGCGAGCAACCUUUCGCGAUGAACAUCCACUUCUCAGUGCGGCUCAUGAUGGCGAAAAAGAAGAACAAGUGCAACGUGCUUGAGAAAUGGAAGAACGUCCCGGAGCAUGGCAGGAUCAUGUGGGAGCAUCCGAACAUGGCCCAGAAAAAGAUUCCGGAAGACGAAAGCGGCCCAGGGGAGUGGAAAUUGCUGCGAGGUCACGGGAAGGAUAGGCAAGCAAUGGUCGCAAAGACUGUCCUUUCUCCGUUUCUCUAUCAUGUCCUUGAACUGGCCGGCGGCAUCGAGGGCUCCGUCAGUGUUAACAGCCGCCGCAUCAUAGCGACCCCGCGCGACAGGUCCUCGACGCGUCGACCGCUUCCAGGGUUGCCAUCUGUAUUCCACGUGUUUACCGUUCUGCUGCAGCAACCCGCUCUCACCGACAACGACGACUCCAGCGCGCACAGCAGAGAAGGACCAGAAAACGUCGCCAGUCUUUCAGGCUGGGAGAGGGGCGCAAGAGGUGCUUUUCAAAGCGGAAGUGGUAAGUCUUGGGUGAUGCUCAGCAAUCCCUGUUGGCGUGGUGAAAGCUUCAUCAGGCUGCUCCUCUUCGCCAAUCUGCCCACCAGUCCGCUUUCACCGCAUCUCUUUCCUUCCAAAUUUGUGCCUUGUCUCUCCAUCCGCCCCACUUUUCGGUCACACACUCGUCUCUGUUGGCCCACCGACGAAAUCUUCACCUUCUUCCUUUCCUUUCCUCAAACCAUCCCCCCACAGCCCGAGCUGACGAGCACAAAGCUUCCGCGAAUCUCGUCGCAGCAUCAGCAGCACCACGCAGCUUCUCGCUCAUUGGUGACUCACCAAGAGGCAUCGUCAUGUCGCAAGCCGGCAUCAGUGGUUACCACGAGCGCUCCCACUGCUGCGACCCCGUCUCGUCGCAAGAGGGCCCUCCCCAAGGUCAACCCUCGCAAAUCAACCGCUUAUGGCGCCAGUGGACGGAGUGUAGAGGCUGCUGUACUGACCGUAACGGCCACCGGCUUCUCUCAGGCAUUCGAGGCCCAGCGUGAAACUGCCGUCGGUCGCGACGAUGAAGAGAAGGGUGAGGAGGAGGAGCCGAUGAUGAGCGGCGCACUCAAUGGUGGUCCUGCCGGUUUGCCACCCCUUCCGGACCAUCACAGCGGCGAGGAGUCGUCGAGCGAAGAUGAGCGGAGCCAGCCCGCCGCCGACACCUCAAAGUCAUUCGGAAUGACCAGAGAGGCCGGCAUGACCCACGCAACCACUGCGCGUGUACGACCUUCAAGGACCCGUAUCGGCCAACAGGAGUUCACCCCAGAGGAUCUGGAUACUUCGAUUGAUGAGCUGAUUGCCGACGGUCGUCGGGAGGCAGGUGAGCGUGCAAGCCGACGCGCCCGCCGCGAAGCUGAGCAGCGAGCUCGCCACGCUCAAGAACAGGCGCGCGAAGCGGCUCAAGAGCUAGCCCGCGAGGAAGCCGAUCGGCUUGUCCGCGACGGAAACAGGCAGGUACGCCGGUCAGAAGCCGGCCCACGUCGUGCUGUUCCUCUCCCAGCUCGUGUGCUGGUUCAGCAGUCUAUCGAAGGAGACGUGCAGGAUGCCUUCGACGAGCCUAAGAGCGGGAACCGGUGGUGGUGGGUCCCUUACCUUGUCGGAGCGCUUGCAAUCUUUCUCCCCCUUGUCGUAAUCCCGCUACGACAGUACACACCGCCUUCUGGCUUCGCCGAAACCGCUCCUCAGACUCCGGGAAUGUUCAAGGCCGUAGGCUCUCGCUUCUCUUAUCAUUGGAACGACUGGGCACGGUGGAUCAUGCCCCCGGAGACAACGGAAGAGGAGGCUAUACGUGCAUUCCGUCAAGGCGAAGCAGUCCACGACGACAUUCUAUGGAACCGCAUGUACCUCUUGAACAAGAAAUGGGAGGAGAAGUUUGGCGUCGUCGACGACACGAUCCAGGGACUAAAAGAUCACCUUCCUGAGCAACUCGUCGUUACUCGCCAGCGUGAUGGUUCGGUGGAAAUUCCAGAUGAAUUCUGGAGGGCGCUUCUUCUCAAAGUCCGCUCCAACGAUACCGCCUGGAACGAGUUCCUCAGGGAGAGCCAGCUCAAGAUAAAAGAGCUUCGUGGCUCAAUCGACCUCGGCACGUCCGAAGCCUGGCCCAUGCCCAUCUCACGAGAAGAGUUUGCAAAGAUCAUGGAGAAGCAAUACGCUGAGCUCUCCGAUCGCGUGGACGCGAAGGUUGCUGAAGCGAUGUCUGCGAACGCUAAGCAACUCAAAUUCCUUAUGAACAAUGAAGUCAAGAAAGCAGCCGUCGACCAAAUGCGUCUCCAAUCCCUCGCUCUCACCAACCUCAUCGCCAAUAUGGAGCUCACCGAAAAGAAAGCCAACUACUUCUCCCCGGGUCUAGGCGCUAGAGUCGACUCGAGCAUCACAUCCGGCACCUACAGCGAUGAUCCCGCAGCCCUUGCCAGAGUGGCGAGGCGGCUGUCUUUGAUUCCGCAACGUCGUCCACCUUCGGCCGCCUUAUACCCUUGGCAGGAGCCCGGUGAAUGCUGGUGCUCUGCAGGUGACGCGAGUCAUACAGGCAAAGCACAGCUAGGUGUCACUGUGCCAAAACCUAUGUUCCCAAGCCAGAUCACGAUCGAGCAUCUACCAAUCGACGUCGUCCCAGACGAGAACAUUGCCAAUGCGCCAAGGGAUGUCGAACUCUGGGUCCAGGCGGCAGCGCCGCCCACUUUCCACUUCCAGCAUCGCAAAGAUCAGUGUGGUCCGGGUCUUGCUGGGUGGGUCUGCCUUGGCAGCGUCCGAUACGACAUCCACGGCUCCAAUCAUGUCCAGACCUUCAAUCUGGAUGGGCAGAGCGCCGUUCCCAUCACCAAGGCUAUGGUUCGCAUCGCCAGCAACUAUGGCGCCGACCACACCUGCCUCUACCGUAUCCGACUCCAUGGACAUCACGCCGGCACGAAGCAUGAGUACGAUGUUCACGAUUAA